CCUUACGUUCUUAAAAGAUUCAGCUUUAAUUCAUACAAUACUAGCAAGUGGAGAACACUCGAAGCUCCAAUUUACAGAAAAAGAUUACUGCUCCACUGGAGUCAAAAUGUUGGCUAACGGAUCCUAUGGAAACUUAACAAACUACGCUGCUUAUUAUUAUACUGAUUUGGACAAAGUUAUUAUCACAAUCAUUAUGCCAAUCGUGGUCACCAUAGGUAUCAUCGGCAACAUAAUGACAAUUAUCGUGAUUGCAAGUAAAAAAUGCAAGUACACAUAUGUUAACAUAUACCUUGCAAACUUGGCAGUAGCUGAUACUUUGUACUUACUAGUGGCACCUACUUGGAUUUGGAACUCUUAUGUUAAAAGUCCGAUACAUAAUUGGUAUGAUAUGGGUGAAGGGAGUGAUUGGUUUUGUCCGUUCUAUUGUUUUAUCAAGGGAGCAGCGAUAAAAGUUGCACUCUUCACAAUUUUAUGGCUGUCCAUUGACCGUUAUAUGGCAGUUUGCAAACCUUUGAAGUUCAGAAAAAGUGGAUUUGGAAUUUGGACAAAAUCUAUAAAGAUCUGUGGCAUCAUAUGGCUCCUAGGUUUGUCUUGGAAUGUGAGUUAUCUCGCUUCAUUUUCCGCAAAAUUCGUUGUUUUUGAAGGUUUAAAUUUUACAAGGUGUACACCUCGAAACCAGAAUUUAAGCAAUAUUCUAUUGUUCGUAGAAGUAACUAUAGUUUUGUUAGCGUUCAUGGUCGUGCUAUUUCUUUAUACAGCUAUGUUGAUCUCAUUACGAAAGGCACGUGUUACUUCAGCUAAUUCGACCGGCAAGAAAUUCAGAUCUAAAUCAGAAAUGAAAAUAUUUCUGACAUUAGUUGUAACUGUCAUUGUUUAUGUUGUUUGUGUUUACCCGAAAUAUCUAUACACGGUAUUGUUAACAUAUAGAAUUACAAUCGACAUUUUACCAAUGAAUAUCUUUAAUCUUAUGUGUAUUAUAAAUUCAUCGGUUAAUCCUUUGAUAUACAAUGUAUUGAAUAACACCUUCAGACGAGCUUUUCGUGACGUAUACUGCAGAUGUAAUCAAAAGUAAGCAAACGUGCCAGCAUCGGCGGCCGCUGGGGAACAAGAGGAGGCAGAACUCCCCAUCGGGGAACCUUGACCACUCGUCGGGGAAAAUUUCAAUCAUUUCGACGAGGGGUACUGCAGGGGAAAACUAUUUUACAGAAUGAUGCCAUUUCAGAGCAGGUGCAUAUUCUUUUUUUCAAAUAGCAUGGACGUCUAAAAACUUCUCACCUUUAGACUAUAACAAUAACUGAAGUUGUCUAUAAAGUACUACUAGUGUUUUUAUUUCAUACGUUUACCAGAC